GGAGCUAGAAAGGAAUCUGGGUCAGAUUCAAGAACAACUGUAUCUGCAGCAGUUAAUGCAUGUCUGUGGCACAAGCAGAGAUGUUCAGGUUCAAACAGAAACACAUUUAUGGCAUAAGGGUGGCGACAGCAAGGAUCUGGUUCUAGAGAGUGACAGUGUCAGACUACUUCAGAUGUAUAAUGAGCUACAGAAACGUUAUGUGAAAGAAACAAAAACAAACAAGGAGCAAAGCGAAGCAAUUAAAAAUCUCACUGUAAGUAGAAUUUGUUGGAGCUGGUAUCAAUCAGCCAAACAUAAGCUUUUAGGGAGACUGAAAAGAAAUUCUUAAAUUUGUGAAAGGAGACCAUGCUUUUCUUUUUAUACUUAGUUUCUCAUGACAGGGAUACUGGAGGGUAGCCUGUAGUUUCCUUUAAAAGUGAACUCCGUCACUGGUGUGUCUGUAGCAGAAAGCUGUCUUCCCUUCCCUUGCUUUUCUCUUUACUCAUCCGCCUACCCCUCCUUCCAAUUGUAUUUGCACCUUUUGAUCUCUUUUUCACCAGCUCUGGUAUUUUAAUGCAUGUGUCAUGAGCUGAUUUUUCUCAGAAAUUCGGCAGAAGGCAAACCAGAUGAAGACAAAGAGUGUUGUUUUGGAUAGCAAGGUCUAUGGCCCUGCUUUGCAAAGAGUCUGGCAUCAUAACUGGAGCCAAGGUAGGGUUGUGUGGUCAGGAGCUGUUCUAGAAGCUUCAAGAGGGUAUUGCCUCUUCAGGCAUGGAAUGAGCAUUGAAGCUGACCAGUCUAAUUUCCUCAUCUGUGCUUUGCUUUUUCUCCUUUCAGACCUUUUGGGUGAAUGUAGUUUUAAAAUCAGCAAUUUAAAAAGCUCUAGGUUUGCCUUUGGGUUAUGUUUUCAGUUGUAUUCAGUUGAACUGCAUUUUUUCUAUGCACUUAAAAAAGAUUUUCUUGACAGAUUAAAAUUAAUGAGCUAGAGCAUAGUCUUCAAGAACAGAGGCAAAAAAUUAAGCAACUGGAAUGUAAAAAGGUUUCUUGGAAAACUAGUGCUGCUUCUGGAAAACGAAGUCAAACCCCAGAGGGAGGCAUAACUUCUCACAGGGACAUUUCUGCAGAGAAGGAAGCCUGUUGCAGUAGAUAUUUAGAGCUAUUGUUGAAGAAGAUUAAAAAGCUGAAGAAAGAAAAUAGAAAGUUAUCUGCAGAAAAGAGAGCACUAAAAAACGAAUUAGCUGGAUUAGACAAGGAAUUUCAUGCUGACAAAAAGCCCAAGGUGAUCCUUUGGGUAGCCCAAGCUGGUUUCAUCUGAGAGAGGAAAACUUGAGCCAUUGUCCUAUGCUGGUACUGCAAUGCUGAGUUCUAGCUCGACUGCUGUGAAAAAUCUCCCUCUGAAGAGGAGGCUCUGUUUUCUGCUGAAACUUUUGUGCUUUGUCAGCUCAGUGUUAAUAUUUUGUGAAUUUUUAAUUUACUAUGUGGUAAUACUUCAAUGCCGAUGGCCAAAUGUGAAAAGUGGAGCUCACAUGACUGAAAAAGAGACUUCAGCUUCAGUCCUAAAGGUUAUAAUUUUAGCUGAUACACAUCUACUUGGUGAAAUCAAAGGACAUUGGCUGGAUAAGCUAAGAAGGGAAUGGCAAAUGGAGAGAUCUUUCCAAACUGCCUUAUGGUUACUGCAGCCAGAUAUUGUUUUUAUUCUGGGAGAUGUUUUUGAUGAAGGAAAAUGGAGCUCACCUCAGGCCUGGGCAGAUGAUGUCAGGAGAUUCUGGAAAAUGUUCAGGCAUUCAGCUUUUACAGAGCUGGUGGUCAUCGCUGGGAAUCAUGACAUUGGAUUUCAUUACGAAAUGACUACUUACAAAGUAAAUCGAUUUGAAAAGGUUUUCAACUUUACUUCAGGAAAGCUGAUAACUCGGAAAGGAAUAAACUUUGUCGUAGUGAACAGUGUAGCCAUGGAGGGUGAUGGCUGUGUUGUCUGCCGUACCUCAGAGGCAAAACUUGUGGCACUUUCUCACAAACUGAAUUGCUCCCAGCAGAAACCAAAUCAUUCCAACAAAAGAUGCAGUGAUGUGGAAAAGCUUCCGGUUUCAGAACCCAUCCUUUUACAGCAUUACCCUCUCUAUCGGAAAAGUGAUGCUGAAUGCACUGGAGAAGAUUCUGCUCCUCCAGAGGAGAAAAACAUCCCCUUUAAAGAAAAGUAUGAUGUACUGUCUCGAGAGGCAUCACAAAAGCUGCUAUGGUGGUUUCAGCCCCGUUUGAUUCUCAGUGGGCACACUCAUAGUGCUUGUGAAGUGCUGCACGCAGGGAAAAUUCCAGAAAUCAGUGUCCCAUCAUUCAGUUGGAGGAAUAGAAACAACCCUAGUUUCAUCAUGGGCAGCAUAACACCAACUGAAUUCUCCCUCCAAAAAUGCUUCCUUCCGUUUGAGAGCAGAGUCUUCACUAUCUACUGUGCAGCAGGUGCUCUGCUUGUGAUCCUGGUACUAGCUCAUGUUCAGCUUCUCACUCCACCGUUUUAUUUUGCUCAGCGUUUAAUCAGUAAGCAUAAAGCAGUAUGAAGAGCCAGACAUCUGCAUUCAGUCACUGAAAUACCAAAGCUGAGAACAGUCAAACAUCAGACUAUAUUCAUGCCAGCAAAUGACCUAAUUUGAUUGCUAGUCUGAAGGCAGGUUGCAUUUACACAUACCAUAGAAGUCCUAUACAGCUGAUAUGACUACUACAGGAUAAAUAAUUAACUGAAAUGAACGUUUCAUGCUGUACAAAAAUACUGUAUUCGACAAUCAAAUGAGUCCUUUUCCUGCUAUAAUUUUUGUAUCAAAUAUGUAUAUUAAAAGUGUAACUGUACAU